AUGGCCAAGAGGGACAAGUUCAGCUGGGAUCUUUUGCUGGUUGCCUACUGCAAAAACGGGCACUUUGAUGAAGCGCGAAGGUUCUUCAGCUGCAUGCCGUGCUGGAGCCUUGUGUCAUUUACUACUAUGAUUUCUGUUGCCUCCCAGAGAGGCCAAAUGCAAGAAAUACAAUCCGUUACAAACUUGAUGCCAGAGCACGAUCUUUUCUCUGUAAACGCGGUGCUUUUUGCAUUUGCCGAAAAUGGGCAUCUUGAUUUUGCCAAGGUAGUCUUUAGCAAAAUGCCUGCUCGCAACUUGGUGUCGUGGACGACGAUGCUGGGGGCUUUAUCUCAGCUCGCGGAUGUGGAAAGCACUUUUGAAGAGAUGCCGGAGCACGAUGUCGUCUCGUGCACUUGCGCAAUUGCAGCAUUCUCCCGUCACGGGCAUCUGGAGUCUUCUCUGGAGCUCUUCCACGCCAUGCGUGUGAGGAAUCUCUCGACUUGCACGGCAAUCCUCUCCGGCUACGUCCACUGCGGCCUCCUGAAAGAGUCUGAGCGCUUCUUUCACGAUCAGAUGCCACAGCACGAUCUUGUCUCCGUCACAACGCUGCUCGUCGCCUACACCCAAAGCCAACGCCUUGAGGAAGCCAGCUGCCUCUUUGAUUCUCUUCCGUACGUAGAUGCCGUGUGUUGGAACGCCAUAGCCACGGGAUUUUCCCAGUGCGGCCUCCUGGACGAAACCACGAAAAUCCUCGACAAAAUGCCGGCAUGGAAUCUUGCAACCUGGAACACGCUGCUAACAUCACACUCCUUGCAAGGGAAUCUUACCGGGGCUAUAAGAGUCUUUCACGAAAUGCCAGACAAGAACUUGGUGUCCGUUGAAUCCUUCAGUGCAAUGCUGACCGCAUAUGCCCAAGCCGGCAGCCCCAGCGACGUGUUUGAUUCCUUCGAAGAGAUGAAGCUAGUGGAGAUGCCCGACGAUUCCUGCUUCACUUUGGUGCUGAUUGCGAGCAGUCAAGUUGGCGAGCCCAAAGUCGGCGGCUCCUACUUCAGCUCCAUGCGUCUGGAUUACGGGGUGGUGGCGAGGAAGCAACACUACUGCUGCAUCGUGGACAUGCUGGGGCGAGCGGGAUACCUGGAUGCGGCGGAAGAGCUUGCGCAAACCAUGCCUUUUCUUCCCAACUCGUGGGACUGGACGUCCAUGCUAAGUUCUUCCAGACGCGAUAGAAUCUGGAAAAACGGUGCUCGAGUGACGAAACGAGCUUUGCUUUCGGGCCCCAGCGAUGGAGCUGCUCUUGUGCUGCUCGCAAACUCACGCUCCUCUUGA